AUGAGAGUUCCAGUUGCUGCGCUUCCAGCUGUCGUGAAGGAUGACGAGUUUGCAGAUCGUAUCUUUGGAAUGUACUCCAGUUACCAAAAACUUAGGCGCUCCAUCGCUCACUGCAUGCGAUACUUCCGCUUGUUGAAAGCUGCUGCACGGAAGACGAAAAUGGACCCAUUCCAAGCGCUUACCACCGCCGAUCUGCAUGAAGCAGAUUUGACACUUUGUCGUCUUGCCCAGAAACAGAGUUUUCCUGAGGAGUUAGCCACCCUAGCAUCGACCGGCCGCCUUCCAUCUUCAUCGCAGUUGAAGUACAUUCGCACAAAACUGGAUUCGGAUGGAGUCAUUCGGAUUAGAGGAGUUCUGGCCAAUGCAAUCGUUCCAGAAGCUACGAAGCAUCAAAUUGUUCUGCUCGCGAAACACCCACUUUCAAAACUGUUGGCGAAGUAUUAUCAUGGGAAUUUACUUCACGCCGGCCCACAACUAAUGCUCGCCACGAUCCGUCAAAAGUACUGGAUCAUUGGUGGACGCAAUCUAGUGCGCCGCACAUUCCAUGAGUGCCACAAAUGUUUCCGAUGCAGACCAAAGAUGAUCCAGCAAAGUAUCGCAGAUUUGCCUACGUCCCGUGUUGCGCCCCGAAGACCGUUUGCCGUUUCUGGUGUGGACUAUUGCGGACCAGUUUACAUCAAGUCUCUCGUCCGUAACCGAGGCCCAACGAAGGUAUACGUUUGCAUCUUCGUUUGCUUUACCACACGUGCCGUUCACAUCGAGUUGGUGUCUGAUCUCUCCACGCCGGCCUUCAUCGCUGCUCUUCGCCGAUUUUCUGCCCGCCGAAACUUUCCCCACGAGAUCCACAGCGACAAUGGCACUGCGUUCCGAGGUGCAAACAACGAGUUGCACAGAAUUUACCAGAUGCUGAAAACCGAACACGGAGGACGCAAGAACAUCCUGGAUUGGUGUGCAGAAUCUGGAGUUGCGUGGCAUUUCAUACCACCUCGAUCGCCCCAUUUCGGAGGUCUAUGGGAAGCAGCAGUGAAAUCAGCGAAGCACCAUCUAUUGAGAGAAAUAGGCCACUCCAACAUUUCCUACGAAGACAUGACGACGUUACUAGCCGAGGUGGAGAUGUGUCUGAACUCCAGACCCUUGAUUCCGAUGCCAACCGAAUCCGACGAGUUAGAAGCCCUGACACCUGGACAUUUCCUUGUCGGUGAAAGCCUGCGAUCUCCACCCGAAGAAGACGUCGCAACUGUUCCGGACAAUCAACUGUCGCAUUGGAAGCUCACGCAGAAACGGUUCCAACGAAUCUGGCGUAGAUGGUACCCAGAAUAUCUGCAGCAGCUUCAAGCCCGAGCCACCAAGCACCGUAGACCAUCAACUGUAAUCCAGCCCAACCAAAUGGUGAUCAUCCAAGACGAUCUGCUUCCGCCAGCCCAAUGGCCACUAGGGAUCAUCACAGCCGUUCAUCCUGGGAAAGACGGCGUCGUACGAGUGGUCACCUUACGCACUGCGAAGCGAGAUGUCGUUUCCAGGUGUGUCAACAAACUUGCUCUGUUACCCGUACCAGAACAACCCGAACCCAAUCCAGCUGAUGAGCAGCCCGUUGGAGAACCGGUCACCGCAGUUCCUGAAAACAACCAAUGAGUAGAGCUGCACUCUAAGACAGCUCCUGUACGAAAUUUCAUGGAUCAGGUGAUUGCGGUUCCAAUAUUUUUAAACGUUGUUUGUUGGUCUACUUGGUUCCCUUUUGCUUCCCAGAACCACUUGUCGUCGUCUCCGCCUGUACAUUGCGGACCUCCUAGAACCAGUAGUCGCCGAUUGCAGCCUGAAUGAGUAGAGCUACACUCUAAGUUAGCUCCUGUACGACAAUUUUGAAAAUCAGAAUCAACGCUCCGAGUGUGGUCGCACUUCAUCGUUUCCGGCUUCGUGUGGUGGACAUCCUUUCCCAUCGAAUUCCUAGCACCGGCUGUUUGAAGGCAGUAUCGGUGGUCGCAGCUUCAAUGAGUAGAGCUACACUCUAAGUUAGCUCCUGUAUGACAACCAUAAGCACCAGGUGAUUGCGGUUCCAAUCGUUUUACUGUAUGUUUGUUGGUCUACUGGGUUCCUCUUUGUUCCAGAAGGCAAAGCUCCAGAUGGUGUCCGUACCGCCCAGUACCAAUCACUCCUCCUGCUCACCUGGUUCCGUGCUGCGUCCUGUUGGUCCACGUAUUUAGUCGAAGAUGAAGGCAACCGAUGAAGGCUCCCCAAUGAUACCGAAGCGAGUGUUGAAAUGUCCGUGCCAUUUCAAGGUGGCCGGAAUGUUUGUAACCAAACCUAGAAUUCAAUACCUGUCCCUAUACCGUAACGAAAAGUAACACCAUACACAACCUAGAUUCAAUUAUUUGUUAAAUGUUAAAUUUCUUUAAAUUAUUGUAUUAAUGUUGAAACUUAAAAUAUUGAACCAGUCUAGUAUAAGAAACAACAUACCAGUGAGUUACCGAAUGAACUGUUUGGAAACGGUAACUCACCAACCAGCUGACAAAGCAACAACAAAGUCAGCAUAAGUUAGUUGAAAUAAAGUCUCGUAGCGGCAACAACGGCUCCGUAGUCCGUACUAUUGUUUGUUUGUACCGUCGGUCGAGUAUUAAAGUUAAUAAAGUGGUGUUUUCAUUCGUUUUGUCCUUGUAAAUCGGUCGUCUAUUAGUGUUUCAAAAGCACAUCCGAAACCCGGAACAGCAAGAUAAGUGCUGUGAAUUGUGUGCGGACUUGAUUAAGUGCACCGAAAACUUUUCCCCCGACCCGCUAGCAGCAGUGAGUAAACAGCGAAUAAGUGGAGCAAAUGAACCGACUGGCCAGCGCGGAAGGAAUUGUUCGACCCCCGUUCUAUGGUGCUACUUUCCUACACCGUUGGCGAGCAACGGAAAGUAAAACCUCCGAUUCGAAUCAAAAGCGGUAAGC